AGUUUAAUUUAGGUUUUGCAAACCUCCAGUCUGAAACAUGAUCCAAUAUACUCAUGUUGAUUUCGAUUUCAAUCAGUACGAUUCGAUUUCACCGAUUCAAGCUAGGUUUUGACACCACUAGUCACACUAAUUGACAUCUUAAAAAGUAUCAUUUCCAUGAGGCGCACAUUUUCAGAACAGGGACUAUUGAGGUUGAUUAGUAAUGGAGAAGGAGGAGCAACUCCAAAGGUGGAAUUGUUGACGGAUGAGGCGGAAGGAUUGAAAUUCCGGCUAACGGACAGCCAGGAUGUGGGAAGAGAUGGAGUGAUAUACUUCACAGAUGCAUCGUACAAGUAUAGUUAUGCAGAUCACUUGUAUGACUUGCUCGAGGGUAGGCCCUACGGUAGGCUGUUGAGCUUCGACCCAUCCACUAAUGAGACCAAAGUGUUGGUACGCGACCUAUACUUCGCCAAUGGGGUUACCCUCUCACCUGACCAGGAAUUCCUCAUCUUCUGUGAAACGAUGUUGCAAAGAUGUAAUAAAUAUCACCUCCAAGGCAAGAAGAAAGGAAUUGUGGAGAAUUUCAUCGACAAUUUGCCCGGUAUGCCAGACAACAUCCGAUACGACGGAGAUGGCCACUAUUGGAUUGCGUUAGCCGCGGGGAAGACGGCCAUCUGGGAAACACUACUGAGAUACCCAAUAGCCAGGAAGGCGGUGUGGAUAUUGGAAAAACUGAAACUCCCAUUACCAGACAUGUUUAGUAAUGCGGGAGUGAUAGCCGUGGAUUUGAAAGGAGAAGCUAUUGCGUACUUUACUGAACCAGGUUUGUUCACCAUCACCGGUGGCCUCCAGAUCCGCAACCAACUCUACAUGGCUUCUCUUGCCAACUCCUACAUCAUCCGUUUCAAUCUCACCUUCCAUCUUUCUUAGAAAUUACAUAUUGAAUAAUCCAGCAACGUCCAGCUUGAGGAUGAAAAAGAAGACGUUUCUUUUAUAUGUGUUUUGUAAUUGUGGAUUUUGUGACUGAUAAGAAUGAAUGAAUUUUCUCUGAGGUGGCAAUGAUAAAAUUUAAUUGUGGAUUUUGUGACUGAUAA